CUGGGGCUGGGCAUCGGGACUGUCGGUUCUACGGCUCCAGGGACUGGAGUUAGCAGGGCUGGAGCUGCGGCCGGAAGAUGUGGCAGCGGUGGCGGAGCAUUUAGGCACCUUGGAGGAUUUGCGUUUGGACUGCCGUUACCCGCUCCCCAGCCUUCCCUGCCUGGCUCACCUACGUCGCCUGCAGCACUUGCUGCUGGAUGUAUCCUUCUGGCACCAACACCAAGCGCAACAGCAGCUGCGGGAGGAUUCGCCGCCGCCGCAACAGCAACAGCAGCCGCAACAACAACAGGAGGACGAGGGCCGUCAAUCUGGGGAUCCGACUGGCCCAACACCAGCAGCAUCAGCACCAGUACCGCCAGCAGCAGCGGCUGCUUCUGCCGUACGAACUCCCAGCGACGCAUUGGUACGACUCUGCGCAGCGGCUCCCGGCUGUUUACGUAAUGUCUACCUGGCGCCGUACGCGGCAUCGUACGGCAGCCCACCUGUGCGCACGUGUGUGCUACAGGCGCUGGAUGCUGUGGAGAGGGCGCUGCCGCGUGUUGCGUGUGGGGAGCUGCGGCUGUGGCUGAACGGCUGAUAACGGUAGCAGCGCCAGCGCCGGAAGCAACUGGUAGCGGACGGACGUGUUGUGGUGGUGGUGGAACAACUGCUGAGCUGUGUGGAGGGAAGUAUGUGGGAGUGCAGCAGUCACUGAGUGUGGGGACGUAACACCAUAACUGCGGCUUU